AUGUCAGCCGGCGCGCCGCUCGCGGCUAAUGAGAGAGCCGCCGCUCUGGCGUUUAGCCCGCUGCCGCUGUAUCAAGACCCUCAGCCCCCGGUCUAUUGCCGGCUCUCUGGCCCUCUCGCCGCCAGCCCGCCUGCCGACUCGAAAAGCGCACAGGACGGGUCUCGGGCGUUCCUGAUCCCGUUCUCGGUGAUGCUGGUGAUCGCCGGCCUGCCGCUGAUGUUCAUGGAGCUGAGCUUCGGGCAGUUCGCCAGCCUGGGCCCGGUGGCCAUCUACCAGGCGUUCUGCCCGCUGUUCCGCGGCCUCGGCUACGGCAUGGUGAUCGUGUCGGCCAUCGUGAUGCUCUACUACAACCUCAUCAUCGCCUGGACCAUCUUCUACAUGUUCGCGUCGCUGCGGCCCGUGCUGCCCUGGCAGAACUGCGAGCCCGAGUGGAGCACCGACACGUGCUACUCGUACGAGGAGGCGGACGCGUGCGCGGCGCUCAACGGCACCUACUUCCGGCAGCGGUGCUACAACGCCAGCGAGGCAGCCGCCGCCAACAUAUCGGGGCUGGCGGAGCGCGCCAGCCGACGCCCUCCCGCCGAGGAAUACUUCACAAAUUAUGUUCUGGGGCUAUCGGAUGGCAUUGAGUACACUGGUGAAGUUCGACUGUCCAUGGCGACAUGCCUGCUGAUGGCGUGGGUAAUUGUCUUCCUGUGCUUAUGCAAAGGGGUGCAAUCGUCGGGGAAGGUGGUUUACUUCACUGCACUCUUCCCAUAUGUGGUACUGGUUCUUCUGUUUGUCAGAGGAGUAACUCUACCAGGUGCUUCCACUGGAAUUCUUUUCUACCUUACUCCAGAUUGGAACCGUUUGGCUAAUGCUCAGGUCUGGGGAGAUGCUGCAGUGCAGAUAUUUUUUGCAUUGAGUCCAGCUUGGGGAGGUCUCAUUACUCUUGCAUCCUACAACAAAUUCUCCAACAACUGUUACAAGGAUUCGCUUAUUGUGGCCAUAUCAAACAUACUGACAUCAUUCUUUGCUGGCCUGGUCAUUUUUUCUGUGAUUGGAUUCCUUGCUCAUGAGUUGAAUGUGGAAGUAAAAAAAGUUGUGGAUCAGGGUGCAGGACUAGCCUUCAUUGUUUAUCCAGAAGUGGUGACACACUUACCUGUCUCACCUUUGUGGUCCUUGCUUUUCUUUGUGAUGUUACUCACACUGGGCCUCGACUCACAGUUUGCUCUAAUGGAGACUGUUACAACAGCCCUGCUUGACCGUUUUCCAAGUCUGAGGGGCUACAAGAUAUGGGUGGUUAUGGUAGUGUCUGUCUUUGGAUACUUUGGUGGCCUUAUAUUUACAACAAAUAGUGGUAUGUACUGGCUCCAAUUGGUGGACAAAUAUGCAGCCAACUGGUCAGUCCUAUUGAUAGCUAUUGUGGAAUGUAUUAUCAUUUCCUGGGUCUAUGGUGCUAACAGGUUUCUUGCCGAUAUACAGGAAAUGAUUGGUCCACAAUCAGAAACAUGGAAGUUUUUUUGGAGGUGGAUGUGGAAAAUUGUAACUCCUGCAGCCUUAUUGUUCAUUUUGUUCUUCAAUUGGAUUGAGUAUGCUCCAGUGAGUUAUGGAGAUUACAAGUAUCCAAGAUGGGCAGAUGGUGUUGGAUGGGCUAUUGGUGUCUUUCCUGUAUGUGUUAUUAUUGGAAUGGGCAUUAUGAAGAUCCACUCUGUAACAGAAGGAACAUUUACCGAGAAAAUACGUUUCUUAGUCCGACCAACUGGUGACUGGGGCCCAGCACAUUGUCGUGCAAGCAACCCUCCAACAUAUGAGAGUGUGAGGAACACUAUUGUUUUGGUCAAUGGCCUUCCUGUGAUAAGAGAAUCUGCUUCAGCUGCUGCUCCCGGACAUGACCCAUCAGAUCCUUUAGCGGACAAUCGUCUCUGAGAGUGGGCCCCACCCGGGCCAGCACCGCAGCCCGGGCCUAGUAUCCUCAAGAAAACAGCUGUAUCAGGUGUGCGAGAAGCGGCUGAAGCCCAUCCAGUAUAGUGAUAAAAUUAAGUACACCAGCAGAACUACAAAUGAUUAAUCUUUCCCCAUUAUGGGAUACCGAGAUUAUUAUGUCUCACUUAAUAAGUGGGAUAACAUUAAAGAGAAAAGACAUACAUCAUCUGAUGAAAUAUUUGUGUAUUUUUGGGAUUUGUUUGAGGUACAGAAGGGAAGUAAAGAGUUUUCUUUUCUGUCCCUCUAACAGUCAAAGCUAGAAACAUUUUUUUAUUUAUUAUUCCACUUCCUAACCAUUGUGGACAUAAUAUUGAAUUUAUAUUUUUACAGCUGCUGGAAGUAUAUGUUUGAAUUGACAGAGUUGACUGAUUGUUGUUAUCUUCAAGAUAUUUAUGUGUGGCCUCAUUAUAAGACUUGUAAAAGUGAAAAAUGUUCCAGUAUUGACUCCUUCAGUGUGCCUAUGUGCACACAUAUUGUGGGAGCUGAAAACAAAUCAGGAAUUACAUGUAAAGUGUUGCAGAGUGGUUAAUUUCUGUGGUGAUAUGUGAUAAUAUGAGGUGUCACGUAUACCUCCUCCUAGUACACUAAAUGUGGAUCCAGCAGGUCUGUGUACUACACAUUAAGUGGGUGUUAGGUGCUACUGUAGGAUAACAAGGGAACUUAUUCAACACUACAGUAAGAACCUGAAAGGUUCUUUCAUCAAAGAUGAAACAUUAAGAAAGCUCCAUAAAGAAAUUGUGGAUCAUAUUUUGAGAGCUAUCAUUUUUCAGCUUCUUCUGAGGUCAGGCAAUGGCUUGCAGCCAUUACAAACACCACAAUACUGGAAAUCUGGAGAUAAAUGUGGUUUGUCAUUGCAGACAGUUUCUAUUAAAAGAAAACAAUAUAAGGGUGUCAGUGCAGUUAGUAAAUAGCAGUGCAGUGACUGACAAGCUCUGGAAAAGUUUUACAAGUGAACUUAAUUUGCAUCAGUUAGUAAGUACCCUGUAGAUUUACAAGGUACAAUUUGUCAAAUAGAAACCACUGUCCCAUACCAAAUAGAAAAAAAUAAUCCUCUCCCUCUAGGCACAAGUGCUACAUAUUUGGUACGAAGAUAGAGAAGUGAUUCAUUAGUGAAUCAAUUAACUGUGCUGUGAUCAAAUCAUCUCAUUAUCGAAGUUAAAAGAGAAAGUAGAAAGAACACAAUUAUUUACACUGCUCAUAAUAAAAUAAGAAUAAGGUGACUUAAGAUAUUCUAGGAGAAAGUAUAGAUUUAUAUGUAGACCUUCACUGUAAAAACUGGAAUCGAGUAAUUAAUGUGUUAAACUACAAAAAAUUUUAUGGAGUUGUUGCUAAACAAAAGAUUAAGGAGUUUAUAGGAAUGGGUGGAAAGGCUAGCAUUGUUAUCAGCUGUAGGAUCAAAUAGAUGAUUGUUGAAGUUAUCAAACAUAUAUAUAUAUAUACAUAUAUAUAGCCUUUUAUUUUGUGUGAAUCAGAUGGUCUGUAAUAAUAAAUUAUUGUUGACAUGGAGGAAACCAAAAUACAUAGGAACAUUAACACUGGAGAUUUGCGAGCAAGAACAAGUUAAACAAAAAAAUCUAUAUUUGCCAUUUAUAAUAAAAAGCAGUGAAGAGCUGAAUGUAAAUAUGAACCCAUUUAUAUGAAAAAGUGACUAGUUUUAUCCCUGUAACAGGUAACUGUCAGAGGAUUUCAUAGAUAUUGGUACAGAUUUUUAUAGAUAACUGUGUUAUCAUUUCAAAUAUUCUGUAUGUUAUUUAGAGAAAUAAAUUUAUUGUUUUUGUUACUGUAAAACUUUCAGUUUGACCCAUGCCAAUAAAUAUAUAUACUUUGCAUAAAAUUACAAGGACAGUAAGUUUUGACUACACCAAGUGAAUUUAUGAGAUUCUUGGUGGUAUUCAUUAUUAUAAAGAAAAAGAAAGUGCAAUGUUAUUUUCUGAUGUAUUUGUUAUGAUGUGAAUGAAAUUGUGGAACAUCUGUUUCUUUUCUGUGGAGUACAGUUGUGUGAGUGGUGCACACUUGUGUAUAUUUACUAGCAUAAAUGUAGAGCUAAUGAAAGUUAUAUUUCACCAUUCAAAUUUGGAAUAAAUGUGUAAUACAGAUUCUCCUAUUGUUGGUAUACUGCAGUGGAAAAAGAUAUCAAUAUAAACAAAUGACACAAACUUUUUAAUGACAAAAGAAUAUAAGGUUACCUUUAAUGAGAAUAGAGCUGCUUUCCUUCAACAGCAAAGGAUUACAUCAUAUUUAAUCCUGAGGCUUGUUGUAUAAUUUUCUUAGUACUUUAUUUUAUAGCCAUAUUGAGGCAAAAAGUAGCUCAGUUGCCUGCUGAU